AUGCCUCGAACAUAUGUUGACAAUAAAAUGAAUCGCCAGCUAGGAAGGGUUGGCAUGCCAGUUGGCUCUGCAGUUCAUAGUAGCAGCAGUUCAGGUUAUCAGAGCAACAGUUCAAGCUCACAAAGGACCUACGUGGACAACUCCAUGAACAGACAGUUAGGCCGAGUGGGCCUGGAAUUGGGAACGGCUGUUCAUUCCAGGUCGGAGACACCAAGGUCAUACGUUGAUAAUACAGUGAAUCGGCAGUUGGGGGGAGUUGGUAUGGCAUAUGGAGCAGCAGCUAAUUCCAACAGUUCAAGCUCACAUAGGACCUACGUGGACAACUCCAUGAACAGACAGUUAGGUCGAGUGGGCCUGGAAUUGGGAACGGCUGUUCAUUCCAGAGACUCAAAAUUACCACCAAGAAGAAGAUUGUCCUUUUCUCUCUCAACUAAUACACCAAAGACAUAUGUUGAUAAUGCAGUGAAUCAAGAACUGGGCAGAGUUGGUAUGGCACAUGGAACAGCAGUUCAUUCCAAGUCACAGCCAGCAAAGACAUAUGUUGAUAAUGCGAUGAACCGAGGACUGGGCAGAGUUGGUAUGGCACAUGGGACAGCAGUUCAUUCCAAUUCAUUAAAAAUAUUCCCCAGGGUGGAUUCUGACAAGGGAGUGUAUGUGGACAAUCCAUUCAAUCGCAAGCACAACAGAGUUGGUUUGCCUAAGGGGUCUGUUCCUAUUUCAAGAAAGAAUGAAUUCUCAACACAAGGAACACAAGCAAAAAAAGUCUACGUAGACAACGCAUUUAAUCGCAGGCACAACAGAGUUGGUUUACCCUUAGGAUCUCGUCCUAUUUCAAGAAAGCCUGAAGUGUAUGGAGACACUGUCAUCAACAGAAAACUUGACAGAGUUGGAAAGCCAUGGGGGGCUACUGCCACCAAACCAAAUAAGCUGGCUGCAUUAUAUAAACAUCUGCAGGAACAUUCUGACGAGGAAAUACCUGAAGAGUUUGAGUGCAUGUCUGAUGAUAAUUUCUCUUACGUCCUGGAGUUUAGACAGAGGGAGGAUGCAGUGAGAACACUCCUGGAAGAAACUCCUAGCAUUAGCUGGCAGCCUCAAGAACGUGCCUCAACAGAAACAGUACAGAGAUAUCAAGGCAAAAUUAUUGAUUAUGAGAAACUCAAUAUUGGAGAUCUAAUUGGCCAUGGAGGUUUUGGAGAUGUGUUUAUUGCUACUCUAGAAAAUGGAGAAGUAGUGGCUGUAAAAAAAUUGAAAAGUCAACAGUUGACAAAGAAACGAAUUCAGCUGUUUAAAAAUGAAAUGGAUCUUUUCUUACACCUGGAUCACCCAAAUAUUGUUUCUUUUGUUGGGGCUUGUAUUGAGGUUCCAAAUCUGGCUAUUAUCAUGGAGUAUAUGGACAUGAGUCUGUAUGAUGCACUUCACAUCAAGGAGGUGGAAUUCACUGACAAUAAUAAGCUAGACAUUACAAGUGGAGUCACCAAUGGACUGGCAUAUCUGCACUCCCAAAACAUUGCUCACUGUGACCUUAAGUCCAAGAAUGUUCUUCUGAUUAAUGUCCCUGGAGUAGAUUUAACAGACCCCAGCAAACCAGUUCGUGCCAAGAUAACUGAUUUUGGUCUUAGUAAGAUUAAGUCAGAUGUGGAAACAUCCAACUCCUUUUCAGCUCCCAACAUUGGCACACCUUUGUACUCAGCUCCAGAGAUACACCAGGGGCAACUUUUAUCACUGGAGGGAUUGAAGAAAGCAGACAUCUUCUCACUGGGACUCCUAAUUUGGGAACUGGCACUAAAAGUGCAAGUUGGUGAGAAAGGUCUAACACCUGUUUCAUCAAGCAAUCUAAAACUUGAUGGGAAGCUUCAAGGAGCUCUAUCUUUGUGCUGGAACAUGAAUCCUGAAAAGAGACCCAGUGCAGAAAGCAUGGCAAUGAUUGCCAGUACCUUUACUAAUGUGCUUGAGUAG